CCGAGAAAUGAGACCAGAAUUAAAAUGAAAUCAAGUGACGGGUUGACCCUCCAUCUAAAUUUGUCUCCCCUCCACCCCCCCGUCUCCCGCCCUCACUGGCCCUGAUGUGAUAGCUUCAGCCUAUGGAAUCACCAUCCAGUGAUGAUAUCUGACUUGGAAACCUUGUAUCAAUGUAGUAAAUACUACCCUUUGAGGCAAAACCCAAUGCUCGAACAAAUAACAGGAAGCCUGUCCAAUCAGCCGCAUAUGUUGGAUCCCCAUUAGAAAGAGCAAGCUCCUUUACAAGAUGAAGUAGCGACCAUUUCUUAUCAUGAACGUAGCAGCAUUUCCUUCCCCUGCUGCUGAUAUGGCUGAAAUUAACCGCAUCCAGUAUGAGAUGGAUUACACUGAAGGCAUUAGCCAGCGAAUGAGAGUACCAGAGAAGCUACAGGUUGCACCAGAAGAUGGUGAAGACAGGUGGGCAAAAGGAGAUUGUCAGAACAACACAGUUGUGAUGGAGGUGCCAGAAAGGAUUUUUAUAGCAGGUGACAAUGGCAAUACUAGACCAAGGGAUCUUGAUCUUUUGACAUCAACCCCUACGGAACCUUUGGCAUUGAAAACCCCUCCUCGUGUGCUUACUUUGAGUGAGCAACCUUUGGAUUUCUUGGAUCCUGAGCGACCUGUUGCUUCAACACAAAGUGAUGAGUUUUGUUCACAUAGUCGUGUGCGGAGGGAGCGUUCAAUGAGCGAAAAUACUACUCGACAGAAUGGGCAGCUUGUAAGAACAGAGUCUAUAGUGACACCAACUCCCCAACCUCAGCUUGAACCUCGUCUUUAUCCUCCACUCAUCUCCUCUGAAGAUGGACCAAACGCUUACUCUCCUCAUGGCAUUUUGUCAAUAAUCCACUCCACCACCCGUAGGGCCUACCAGCAAGUCUUGGACAUGCUAGAUGAAAAUCGCAGAAGCAUGGAAACAAGUGGAGCAGGCUGUUUUCGGGGGAUGAGAUCAGUACUUCAUGGUGGGUCAACUUGUGCUACGUCAUCGAACACUCAGCUUGAUGGCUCCAGGUAUAGUAUUUCAAAUUGUGAUUCUGCAGUGGAGGGAACACCAGAUGACUUGGCUGUAGUGGAUUCUAUUUCCUUACGAAGACAGAUAAUUAAGCUCAACCGUAGACUCCAGCUCCUGGAGGAAGAAAACAGAGAGCGCACCCGACGGGAAAUCAUCAUUUACUCCAUAACAGUAGGGUUCUGGUUGAUCAAUAGCUGGCUUUGGCUGCGGCGCUGAAUAGGCAUUGUAUGAAUUGGAUCAUGUGUUAACCGAACUACAGGUCUUUUCAAAAACAGCUGGUGACAUGAAGGGCCAGGGAUAAUUUUAUUGCUUCUCCUGUACCAUGCAGACUUCCUUGAGAUCCAUACACAGAUUGCUGACUCCAUACAACACAGGAAAAGGAAUCAUGGAGAGAAAGGGAUGUUUUGUUGCUUCAAUUUAAAAUAUUUAUUGCAUCACUUCAUAAAGCAUUUGUUGAAUAAUUUUGCAUGCCUGUGAUUAGGGGAUGUAUAGUUUUCAGGACUUUAAAAUAUGUCAUUGAAUCUAAUGUGCAUGUGACUGUACGAGACCAGUACAGAAAAUGUCAUGCAACAGAACAUAGAAUAAAGCUAAUAAGCUGGGGUUUUUUUGAAUUUAUGACUUGCUGGAUCGGUAGGAUUACAUAUAAAAGAUUUUGCAAGAGUUUAUUUGAAGUGAUGUGCAUGUACAUAUUGUGCUUGUAUUCCAUUGUCACAUAAAGAUGAAUUUCUGGUUAUAGGGCCUUAUGUCUUCUGUUUUCGCACUGAUUUUGAAAGGAAUACUGUGGAGUAUGACAAUAAACCUUUAUAUUUUUAUGUAUGCGUCAAAAAUAUAUCCUGUUUUCAUUGACUUUUUAAUUUUCAUGUCAACCUACACUCUGAUACAGACAUAUGUAUUUAGUUGCGCUACUGAAAGCAAUUUGAACCCAGGGUUAUGAGUGGGUGGGGAAUUUGGUGGUGAUCAAGUCAAUCCCAUUAAUUUAACCAUCCAUCCUCUGAACUUGUGAACAGAUCUAUUCUGUUAGCAUUGCUCUGCAGUAAAAUUUCCCCCAAACUGUUUUGUAAAUAUGUGUGGAGGGCCUGAGAUGUUUUGGGGGUGGGGUGGUGUGUUUUCCUUGAAUGCUGGGAGAGUAAGCGUCACUGUGUCACCUGAACUUAACGUAUUCUGUUGAUGUUUGGAUCAGACAAAUGUUUACAGUGUAAUAAUUUCAACUAAAUGAUAUCUUUUAGUAUAUUGUAUACUUUGUAUUUGACCUGCAGAUGCACAAAUUUAAAAAUUGACCUUGGUAAAAGACAUUUAUCACAGAAGUAUCGAUGCAAACAUAACCGAGAAGGAAAUGUACUUCUGGAUUUACACUGUGCAAAUCUUUUAAACGUGGCAAACAUUUUCUUCUCUUUGACCUUUUACGUGAAGCAAGCUUGCGCAAGAUUAUCAGAUGUACAACUACAUAUGUAAAUAUAGUUGACAGUAUACAAGGUCGCAAUAAAUAAAAUGAAAUCUGAAUAUUGUGUUUUAAUUUACAUCUAGCAAUUGUGCCACCUUUUUGUGUGAUUCAUUAUCUAUCUUGUAGAUUGUGGAUAGAAGGGGAGCUGGUAGAAUCACUAGACUGAGUAAUCCAGAUGCCUGAACUGGUCAUUUCAACAACCUGAAUUUUGUUGCUUAAAUGCCCAUUUUAGAAUUUAAAUUCUGUGUUUUCAGAGUUUAAAAUGAAAAAUACUGAGAGGCAGUUGGCAACAAAGGUCAUUACAAAGCUAAUAAAAGCAAAUUAUUGCAGAUGCUGGAAAUCUGAAACGAGAACAGCAAAUAUUGGAGAAGCCAAACAGGAAUGUAGCAUCUGUAGAGAGACAAACAUAGUAGAAGAGUAAUUUGACUCAAAACAUGAAUUCAGUUCCUCUCGCAACAGAUAUUGCCUGACCCUACUUAGUUUCGCCAGUUACUGUUUUUAUUUCAUUACAAAGCUUCCAAAUUGUCAUAUCCUGACCAUUCUUCAGAAGAGGAAAUUUGCUGUCUCUACCUAGUUUGUACUCUCUCCACAACCUAUAAGCCCUUCACCCUCUGAAAUCUUUGCACUUUUCCAUUCCAUCUCUUGCACAGUCUCUUUCCAUUUUUCAACCAUUUGCAGCAAAGCCUUCAGGCAUUCUAGGCCCCUAGUUCUGGAAUUCCCUCACACAACCUCAGCCAUAUUACACCUUUCUCUUAAGAUAGAGAUCGAAACAUGCCUCUAAGUUUUUCAUUACUUGUCCUUCUACCUUGUAAAUAGCAAAUCUUUUUAUUUUUGUACCAUGGGCUGAAAAUGAGGCAAACGGACAAUGCUUUUAAAAAGGGAGAAUGUGCAAGGAGCCAUUUAGAACUUCAAAAAUAAAUGAAGCUAACUGACGAAUAUGAGACAAUGUUACUUUUUGGGGAUGUUGGUCCAACCAAAUUGACACCAUCUGUUGUAGAUUCAUAACAGCUCAACAUAAUAACAACCUUCAAAUUGAUUUAGCUGCAAAUGAACACAGACCUUCAAAGCAAAUGCAAAGAAAAACAAAGAGUAACUCCUGGAAACUAUCUGCAUCAACAUCUUUCUGUUAGGUUGUUUUCCCCAGUUCUGUCAAAACGGCAGGAAAACGACAAUCUGAGAUACUGAAAGAAAUACAAUAAUCCUAAAAACUAAACAAAAAACCCUGGUCCAACCAAUCAAUCAGUGAACUAAAGACUUAUCAUUGUGCAGGCAAUAUUGUGGCACCAUCAAAGGAGUGAUACACCAGUUUUGUGAUCUGGACUAGUGAUACAGCAUUGUUUUCCCUGACCUUUUUCUCCCCUCUAUCAUGUGUGUCUUGUCUAUUUCUCUUUGUGGUGUGUGGAUUUUAAAAGGGGUUUACUCU